CGACGGGCACGGAGACGCUUCUGGAAGUAACAUCAUGACGGCUGCCCAAGGAGAACCUCAAGUUCAGUUCAAACUUGUAUUGGUGGGAGAUGGUGGUACUGGAAAAACUACAUUCGUGAAACGUCACCUGACUGGUGAAUUUGAGAAGAAGUAUGUAGAUACCUUGGGUGUUGAGGUCCAUCCCCUUGUGUUGCAUACCAACAGAGGGCCUAUUAAGUUCAACGUAUGAGACACAGCUGGUCAGGAGAAAUUUGGUGGACUGAGAGAUGGCUAUUAUAUCCAAGCUCAGUGUGCCAUUAUAAUGUUUGAUGUAACAUCAAGAGUUACUUACAAGAAUGUGCCGAACUGGCAUAGAGACCUGGUGCGAGUGUGUGAAAACAUCCCCAUUGUGUUGUGUGGCAACAAAGUGGAUAUUAAGGACAGAAAAGUUAAGGCAAAAUCAAUUGUCUUUCACGGAAAGAAGAAUCUUCAGUACCAUGACAUUUCUGCCAAAAGUAACUACAACUUUGAAAAGCCCUUCCUCUGGCUUGCUAGAAAACUGAUCGGAGACCCGAACUUGGAGUUCGUCGCCAUGCCUGCUCUGGCCCUGCCGGAGGUGGUCAUGGACCCAGCCCUGGCUGCGCAGUAUGAGCACGAUCUAGAGGUUGAGCAGACAACUGCUAUCUUGGAUGAAGAUGAUGACCUGUGA